AUGGCAGGUACCUUGACAUGGACUGCAGACCGAAAAGAUUAUGAGGAUUACAUGAGUCUCUUACCCGAUUGCCUCAUCCAUCACAUCUUCUCCUCUUUGCCCACGAGGGACGCCGUCAAAACUUGUGUUUUGUCGAAAAGGUGGCAAUCUGUUUGGACCAAUAUCUCGGAUCUCAGGUUCUCCGUCUCUUCUUACGAUGAUACGUUUGUGGACAGGGUUUUGACGCUAUAUGUGGGGCGUAAGGUGAAAAUAUUCCAUCUUGACAUAAAGCAGGACUACUACCACCCUAUCGUUGACUCAUGGGUUCACUUUGCGAUUGAUCAUCAAGUGGAAGACCUUCUUCUCAACUUGAAUAUUUCGUGGUGGAAUUUUUGGCGGAAGGAUUGCAAAUUGUCUCCAUUGCUUACUAAUUGCUCUAAGUUGACUAAGCUAUGUUUGAGAGGCUGUCGUUUCUCAUCUAGUGAUAGUAUUAGUUGGAGUUCGCUUAAGUCCUUGUCCAUUCAAAACGUGAGUGAUGAUGUGCUUCGGAAGAUUUUGAUGGGCGAACGCUUGAAUUUGAUAGAUUGCAGGAGCGUAAAAGGAAUUCAAUCGAGAAGUUUGAGAGAGUUGGUGAUUGAUGGUGGUUGGGUGCAGUACACUUUGGAGAUUUCGACUCCUUGUUUGCUGUCAUUGCGUGUGAGUAGUGCUUAUUUUUGGAAGUCAAUAAGAAUUAUCGAAGCACCAUCCUUAGUUGAAGCCGAAUUAAAUUUCGACGGCGGAGACAAAUCAGAUUGUCACCUGCUAAAAGAAUUGCUUUGCAAGCUGCAAAAUGCUACUCGAAUUCUUUUUGGUGCUUGGUGCGUUCGGAUUAUGUCGCCUUUGAAGGUAGAAGAUGUGCAGGAUUGGCUGCCGAAUUGCAAGUCUCUGACGCUACAUGUGCCCAUUCGGGAUUUCAGCUUUCCUGCUAUAGCAAAUAUGCUAGCAACUACACCAAAUUUGGAGAAGCUUGUCAUAAAAUUUGAGCUAUCUGAGUGGGACACUUCCUGGGCCACUGUGAUAGUGACAGUGGAAAGAUUGCACUUGCACUGUUGA